UAUGUGGAGAAUUAUUUUUAAGUUUUUAUUUCAAAAUAAACAUCUUUAGAUACUUCCAUAUGUAACACUAUCAACAAAUAACUAUUUUCACUAUUUGUUAUAAUUAUAAAACUGACAAUGUUAAAAGUUGUUUCCCUUUCCAUCAAGGAACUGAAAAUUUCAUAAUUGUUUUAAAAUACAGGUACUAAUGAUUAAAACUCAUUGUCAUGAGUUUUAUGGGUUGUAAUAUAUAUUCAUAUGCUUAUGUUGUAAUAAAAGAGAAAACAGAUGUGCAUAGGUAUGUACACAUUCUCACCUCUGGAGUUUGGAAAUGAUAGGAAAAUUAAUAGAGGCAUGAUAAAGACACCUAUAUCACAUGAGAGGUGAUAAGUUUAGAUUUUCUCAUUUCUAACUAUUAAAAAUAUGCUUUGCCUUUGUCAUCCAUUGGUUUGGAAAACUUUUAUCUCUCUGGCUCAUUAAUAUUUGAACAGUUCUCCAUGAAAAAUGAUGAACGAUUUGCUUCAUGGCAGGAUGUACAGAUGGUCAAUUUAAUCUGCAUCCUUGAGACUUCUCAUGACUAAAUUUUGACAUCAUGUCAUUAAACAUUUGUGUAUUAUUUAUGUCAUAUUCUAGAAAACAAAUAUAGCUACAUCUUGCUAUCUCUUGCCAUCUAUCAGUUUUAUUGAUAGGAUUUAUCUACCUAGACACUAUACCUUUCACAAAGGAACAUGUAUCCGAAUAUAUACCUCACUUUUGUCUCCUCAGAGACCCAUACAUUUUUGUCCUCAAGUGCAAUAAUGACAUGGUUAUGAACAAAUGUGUGGCAGGUGUGGAGACAAAUGUUUACAUGACUUGGAUUCUCUAGCCUUGUUCAGAGAUGUCUUUGCUGAUGAUUGUGUGUGUUUGUAUAUGUGCAUGUGUGUGUGUGAUACCUAUGCCUUGUGUACACUGAAAUUGAAAAAAGGAAAACAAGUGUUGGCUAUUUUCAAACACUACUGCACAACAUAUCACCAUAAUUGUGUAUUGUAAAUGGUAGCAGCUUUGAACCUAGAAGUUGACCCUGUAUAUUCCUUGAAUUUGUAGCUAUGAUGUUUACACUCUUGAUGAGUUGAGUUAUUAUUAUACUACCAUGGGUAAAUAUAAAGAUCAGAAUCUUAAAAUUUCUUUUGACAUUAAGCUAUUAAGUUUAGUGUCUGAUGGCUUUUUGAAGGCCUAGGUAAUUACCUUGCACAUUAACUUGGCUCCUCCAAUUCUCUGUCCUCUGUAAUAAUGAAUUCCCACUUGGUGAAUCGACUGGGGCUUCCCACAAAUGCUUACAAUGGGCUGCUGUUAGCGGAGUUUGAAAUUAUCCCUGUGCCAGAGUUAGAGGAUUUCGAGGUUUAGGGCACUAACAAUAGCUGAGAAAUAUAAGCAGAAAGGAUGGGAAAAUGAUUCCUUGUGGAGUGGACAAGGAAAUUUUCCUGAAAGGACAGAGCCCGGGAAGCAAUAGCAGGUCUUAUUUUCUUCUGUGGUGUAACUAUUGAAAGAAGUGGUCCUUCAGGAAACCAUGCAUUAGUUAGGAUCAGGCUUCCUUUUUAUUCCUUAUCAACCUGUAAUCUUUUGAUUGUUGCCUGUUUUUCACCAGUGAAGAAAUAGUAAUCCACACUGGCUUAUCUCUCCUAAUCACAGACUCACAGAGCUAGGGCUCUCUGAGCUUUUAAUUCCUUCUUAGAGGCCUAACAGAGUGGAAAGUAAACAAAGACCAAAUUUGCAACCUUCAACGUAGCUAAUUUCCUCUGAUGUCAGAAUACUUAAACAGGCAGGACCUGGGAAUUAUUUGAUCAAACCUGCUUUAAUCUAAUGCAUGCAGAAGGGCUGUGUCUGGAAGGCUCUGCAAAAUGACACGGGUCCCAAGGGAGCCUUAUGGAAGGUUUCCUCUUUCAGAAACACUAGCUUCCUCAUUUUAAACUCGAGUAGCUGUGUUGGAGUAAAUUCAUAAAAAGUAGUUUUCCUGCUUUUGAAAUUUUAUUUUAUUUGGCUGAAAAUUGUUGAUGAGAUAAUAGUUUUCUUUGGUUUUCCAUUUGCUGCGUUUUUGAUGGCUAAAUGCCUUGAUACUAUUUUACCUUUACUAUGAAAUGAAUUAAUAAUAAAAUAUUAUUAUCGGGUAAAUACUGGAGAAGGAGAAGGGUAAAACAUUAUCUGACUUCACACACAUUCUUCUAUUACUACUGGUAGAAGAAAGUGAAAACAUAAAAGACAAAAGAUGCAAACCCAUGUGGUUCUUUCUUUAGAUUGUGACAGGCAUGUUGCUACAGUAAGAGUUAAGAAAAACUGGAGUCAAUGAAAUUUUAAAUGAAGAAUUUACUAAUUCUGAGAUAUCCAGACAGCAUUACUGACUCAGUUUGGCCUUUCAUUUGACUCACAACUGCCUGAAUACUUAGAAUUAGCAUAUUUUUGACAGAGAGAAGUAGAUGAAGGGACAGAACUCUAUACCUGAAAUAUAAUUUUAAGAUUAUUUUUUGUACAAUUGUACUAAUUAGGUAGUAUUGGAAAUACUCAUUAAAUACUAAUUCAGUUUUAAAGGCUAUUAAAAGACACUUUGUCACAGAACAUCAAUAUUGCUCAAAAUUUUUAUUGAGAAUAGAUUGAGUUAAAAACAACAUUUAAAGAAGUGUUUAAAUGAGUUUUUUUGACAAGUAAACAUUGCUGCUCUGAUGUUUUCACAUCUGAUCUCAAACACAGCUCCCCACACAAAGUAAUUCAGAAGCCAUGGCUUAAAAAUAGAUCCUAAACUCUGAUGCUUUGUGUAAAUACGUAUUAAGAAUAACAUGCCACUAGAUCUAGCAUUUGACUCCUUGGGUGACAAUGAAUAUCAAUGCCUGUUAUUUGUCAUUCUGAAACCUGCCGGGUGAUGAUUCUUUUUAUUGGUUCAUCCUUCCAAACAUAUUUCAUCGCACCAUGUGCACAGGAGUUCUUUAGGCGGGUAUGUCGGAGCUGGGUGUCGCCUGGCAGUCCCCUCUCCCCUUUCCUCUCUCCCCUUCUCGCCCUGGUACUCUCACCUCCCUCUGCCUCCAGCCCCCUCUCGCUCCUUUGGGCUCACGCCCCCCUCCUCCCCCUCCAGCUGGCGGGGGCUGCGCUGCCUCCCAGACCUAGCAGACCUGCUCAGUCAGCUGAGGCUCCCUGAGGACAGCUGCCUCCGGAGCCGCCGGGACCUUCCAUUCUGCACGGGAUGGCAGCGGCAGCAGCAUCCCCGCCAGCGGCAGCGGCGGCUGCGGCCACCGCCACCACCUCGGACGCUAUUGUUCCCUGGUGUUAGACGCGCUCUCCCUCCUUCUCAUCUGAAGCGAACAAUAGCAGGAAAGAGCUUUGCUUUCUGUACUCUUUGGGAAGACGUUCCAAGAGCGGAGAAAAAUUCCCUGCCGAGCGUGCUGUGGCUCUGGACCCUGGAGUGGCUGCGGGCGGCAUGGGGCUGCAAGCCAGGCGCUGGGCGUCCGGGAGCCGGGGCGCUGCGGGGCCGCGCCGGGGCGUCCUGCAGCUGCUGCCGCUGCAGCUCCUCUUGCUGCUGCUGCGCCCGGGCGCCUGCAGGGCUGCAGCGCAGGGCGAGGCGGAGGCGCCCACCCUCUAUCUGUGGAAGACUGGUCCAUGGGGCCGAUGCAUGGGAGAUGAAUGUGGUCCAGGAGGCAUCCAAACGAGGGCUGUGUGGUGCGCUCAUGUGGAGGGAUGGACGACGCUACAUACUAACUGUAAGCAGGCCGAGAGACCCAAUAACCAGCAGAAUUGUUUCAAAGUUUGCGACUGGCAUAAGGAAUUGUAUGACUGGAGGCUGGGACCCUGGAAUCAGUGUCAGCCUGUGAUUUCAAAAAGCCUAGAGAAACCUCUUGAAUGCAUUAAGGGGGAAGAAGGUAUUCAGGUGCGGGAGAUAGUGUGCAUCCAGAAAGACAAAGAUAUUCCUGCGGAGGAUAUCAUCUGUGAGUACUUUGAACCCAAGCCUCUCCUGGAGCAGGCUUGCCUCAUUCCUUGCCAGCAAGAUUGCAUUGUGUCUGAGUUUUCGGCCUGGUCCGAAUGCUCCAAGACCUGCGGCAGCGGCCUCCAGCACCGGACGCGUCACGUGGUGGCGCCCCCGCAGUUCGGAGGCUCUGGUUGCCCAAACUUGACGGAGUUCCAGGUGUGCCAGUCCAGCCCCUGCGAGGCCGAAGAGCUCAUGUACAGCCUGCAUGUGGGGCCCUGGAGCACCUGCUCAAUGCCCCACUCCCGACAAGUAAGACAAGCAAGGAGACGCGGGAAGAAUAAAGAACGGGAAAAGGACCGCAGCAAAGGAGUAAAGGAUCCAGAAGCCCGCGAACUUAUUAAGAAAAAGAGAAACAGAAACAGACAGAACAGACAAGAGAAUAAAUAUUGGGACAUCCAGAUUGGAUAUCAGACCAGAGAGGUUAUGUGUAUUAACAAGACGGGGAAAGCUGCUGAUUUGAGCUUUUGCCAGCAAGAGAAGCUUCCAAUGACCUUCCAGUCCUGUGUGAUCACCAAAGAGUGCCAGGUUUCCGAAUGGUCAGAGUGGAGCCCCUGCUCAAAAACAUGCCACGACAUGGUGUCCCCCGCAGGCACUCGUGUAAGGACACGCACCAUCAGGCAGUUUCCUAUUGGCAGUGAAAAGGAGUGUCCAGAACUUGAGGAAAAAGAACCCUGUGUGUCUCAAGGAGAUGGAGUUGCCCCCUGUGCCACGUAUGGCUGGAGAACUACGGAGUGGACUGAAUGCCGUGUGGACCCUUUGCUCAGUCAGCAGGACAAGAGGCGCGGUAACCAGACAGCCCUCUGUGGCGGGGGCAUCCAGACCCGAGAGGUGUACUGCGUGCAGGCCAAUGAAAACCUUCUCUCACAAUUAAAUACCCACAAGAACAAAGAAGCCUCAAAACCAGUGGACUUGAAAUUAUGCACUGGCCCUGUCCCUAAUACUACACAGCUGUGCAACAUUCCUUGUCCAACUGAAUGUGAAGUUUCACCUUGGUCAGCUUGGGGACCUUGUACUUACGAAAACUGUAAUGAUCAGCAAGGAAAAAAAGGCUUCAAACUGAGGAAGCGGCGCAUUACCAAUGAGCCCACUGGAGGCUCUGGGGGAACUGGAAACUGCCCUCACUUGCUGGAAGCCAUUCCCUGUGAAGAGCCUGCCUGUUAUGACUGGAAAGCAGUGAGACUCGGAGACUGUGAGCCAGAUAACGGGAAGGAGUGUGGUCCGGGCACGCAAGUUCAAGAGGUUGUGUGCAUCAACAGUGAUGGAGAAGAAGUUGACAGACUGCUGUGCAGAGAUGCCAUCUUCCCCAUCCCUGUGGCCUGUGAUGCCCCAUGCCCGAGAGACUGUGUGCUCACCACAUGGUCUACGUGGUCCUCCUGCUCUCACACCUGCUCAGGGAAAACCACAGAAGGGAAACAGAUACGAGCACGAUCUAUUCUGGCCUAUGCGGGUGAAGAAGGUGGAAUUCACUGUCCAAAUAGCAGUGCUUUGCAAGAAGUGCGAAGCUGUAAUGAGCAUCCUUGCACUGUGUACCACUGGCAGACUGGUCCCUGGGGCCAGUGCGUGGAGGACACCUCCGUAUCGUCCUUCAACACAACUACGACUUGGAACGGGGAGGUUUCCUGCUCUGUCGGCAUGCAGACGAGAAAAGUCAUCUGUGUGCGAGUCAAUGUGGGCCAAGUGGGACCCAAAAAAUGUCCUGAAAGCCUUCGACCUGAAACUGUAAGGCCUUGUCUGCUUCCUUGUAAGAAGGACUGCAUUGUGACCCCAUAUAGUGACUGGACAUCAUGCCCUUCUUCAUGUAAAGGAGGGGACUCCGGUAUCAGGAAGCAGUCUAGACAUCGGGUCAUCAUUCAGCUGCCAGCCAAUGGGGGCCGAGACUGCACAGAUCCCCUCUAUGAAGAAAAGGCCUGCGAGGCACCUCAAGUGUGCCAAAGCUACAGGUGGAAGACCCACAAAUGGCGCAGAUGCCAAUUAGUCCCUUGGAGCGUGCAACAAGACAGCCCUGGAGCACAGGAAGGCUGUGGGCCUGGGCGACAGGCAAGAGCCAUUACUUGUCGCAAGCAAGAUGGAGGACAGGCUGGAAUCCAUGAGUGCUUACAGUACGCAGGCCCUGUGCCAGCCCUUACCCAAACCUGCCAGAUCCCCUGCCAGGAUGACUGUCAACUGACCAGCUGGUCCAAGUUUUCUUCAUGCAAUGGAGACUGUGGUGCAGUUAGAACCAGAAAGCGCACUCUUGUUGGAAAAAGUAAAAAGAAGGAAAAAUGUAAAAAUUCCCAUUUGUAUCCGCUGAUUGAGACUCAGUAUUGUCCUUGUGACAAGUACAAUGCCCAGCCUGUGGGGAACUGGUCAGACUGUGUUUUACCAGAGGGAAAAGUGGAAGUGAUGUUGGGAAUGAAAGUACAAGGAGACAUCAAGGAGUGUGGACAAGGAUAUCGUUACCAAGCAAUGGCCUGCUAUGAUCAAAAUGGCAGGCUCGUGGAAACAUCCAGAUGUAACAGCCAUGGUUACAUUGAAGAGGCCUGCAUCAUCCCCUGCCCCUCAGACUGCAAGCUUAGUGAAUGGUCCAACUGGUCGCGCUGCAGUAAGUCCUGUGGGAGUGGUGUGAAGGUUCGCUCUAAAUGGCUGCGAGAAAAACCGUAUAAUGGAGGAAGGCCUUGCCCCAAACUGGACCAUGUCAACCAGGCACAGGUGUAUGAGGUUGUUCCAUGUCACAGCGACUGCAACCAGUACCUGUGGGUCACAGAGCCCUGGAGCAUCUGCAAGGUGACCUUUGUGAAUAUGCGGGAGAACUGUGGAGAGGGCGUGCAAACCCGAAAAGUGAGAUGCAUGCAGAAUACAGCAGAUGGCCCUUCUGAACAUGUAGAGGAUUACCUCUGUGACCCAGAAGAGAUGCCUCUGGGCUCUAGAGAGUGCAAAUUACCAUGCCCCGAGGACUGUGUGAUAUCUGAAUGGGGUCCGUGGACCCGAUGUGUAUUGCCUUGCAAUCAAAGCAGUUUCCGGCAAAGGUCAGCUGAUCCCAUCAGACAGCCAGCUGAUGAAGGAAGAUCCUGCCCUGAUGCUGUUGAGCAGGAACCCUGUAACCUGAACAAAAACUGCUACCACUAUGAUUAUAAUGUAACAGACUGGAGUACAUGUCAGCUGAGUGAGAAGGCAGUUUGUGGAAAUGGAAUUAAAACAAGGAUGUUGGAUUGUGUUCGAAGUGAUGGCAAGUCAGUUGACCUGAAAUAUUGUGAAGAGCUGGGCCUGGAGAAGAACUGGCAGAUGAACACGUCCUGCGUGGUGGAAUGCCCUGUGAACUGUCAGCUUUCUGAUUGGUCUCCUUGGUCAGAAUGUUCUCAAACAUGUGGCCUCACAGGAAAAAUGAUCCGAAGACGAACAGUGACCCAGCCCUUUCAGGGUGAUGGAAGACCUUGCCCUUCCCUGAUGGACCAGUCCAAACCCUGCCCAGUGAAGCCUUGUUAUCGGUGGCAAUAUGGCCAGUGGUCUCCAUGCCAAGUGCAGGAGGCCCAGUGUGGAGAAGGGACCAGAACAAGGAACAUUUCUUGUGUAGUAAGUGAUGGGUCAGCGGAUGAUUUCAGCAAAGUGGUGGAUGAGGAAUUCUGUGCUGACAUUGAGCUCAUUAUAGAUGGUAAUAAAAACAUGGUUCUGGAGGAAACCUGCACCCAGCCUUGCCCAGGUGACUGUUAUUUGAAGGACUGGUCUUCCUGGAGCCUGUGUCAGCUGACCUGUGUGAAUGGUGAGGAUCUAGGCUUUGGUGGAAUACAGGUCCGAUCCAGAGCGGUGAUUAUACAAGAACUAGAGAAUCAGCAUCUGUGCCCAGAGCAGAUGUUAGAAACAAGAUCAUGUGAUGAUGGACAGUGCUAUGAAUAUAAAUGGAUGGCCAGUGCUUGGAAGGGCUCUUCCCGAACAGUGUGGUGUCAAAGGUCAGAUGGUAUAAAUGUCACAGGGGGUUGCUUGGUGAUGAGCCAGCCUGAUGCCGACAGGUCUUGUAACCCGCCGUGUAGCCAACCCCACUCGUACUGUAGCGAGACAAAAACAUGCCACUGUGAAGAAGGGUACACUGAAGUCAUGUCUUCUAACAGCACCCUUGAGCAAUGCACACUUAUCCCUGUGGUGGUAAUACCCACCAUGGAGGACAAAAGAGGAGAUGUGAAAACCAGUCGGGCUGUCCAUCCAACCCAACCCUCCAGUAACCCAGCAGGACGGGGAAGGACCUGGUUUCUACAGCCAUUUGGGCCAGAUGGGAGACUAAAGACCUGGGUUUACGGUGUAGCAGCUGGGGCAUUUGUGUUACUCCUCUUUAUUGUCUCCAUGAUUUAUCUAGCUUGCAAAAAGCCAAAGAAACCCCAACGAAGGCAAAACAACCGACUGAAACCUUUAACCUUAGCCUAUGAUGGAGAUGCUGACAUGUAACAUAUAACUUCUCCUGGCAACAACCAGUUUCGGCUUUCUGACUUCAUAGUAGAUGUCCAGAGGCCACAACACACGGAUCCAAACUGUGUGGAUUAAAAUACAUUUCAAUUUUUAAAAAGGGCGUCAUAAAGACAAGAGUGAAAAUCAUACUGCCACUGGAGAUAUUCAACACAGUACCACUUACAUACAUCAACUGUGAGAAUUAUAGGAGAUUUAGUUGAAUACAUGCUGCAUUCUGAAAGUUUUAUGUCAUAUUUUCUGAAGUCUACCAACGAAAAUCCACCUUCAUCUCUAAAAAAUAAUGGUGGGAUUGAUCAGGUAGGAUGCCUGAUACAAGACUGUCUGCAGUGUUAAUCCAUAAAACUUUCUAGCAUGACGAGUUUCUACCAAGAUCUCCACAAUACUAUAGUUAAAUUAACAACAUGUGUUGAUGCACAUUAUGUCAGAUUAUGUACUUGUUAAUAAGCAAUUUUAACAAUGCCUAACAAGCUCUAAGCUAAGCAGAAAACCCACUGAAUAAAUUCAGCAUCUUGGUGGUCGAUGGUAGAUUUUAUUGACCUGCAUUUCAGAGACAAGGACUCUUUUUUAAGACUCCAUUCUUGUCUCUCUCCAAAGUAAGAAUGCUGGACAAGUACUAGUGUCUUAGAAGAAAGAGUCCUCAAGUUCAGUAUUUUAUAGUGGUUAUUGUCUGGAAAACUAAUUUACUUGUGUUAAUAUGUUUCUACUUUCCCUGAUUUUCAAACUGGUUGCCUGCAUCUUUUUUGCUAUAUGGAAGGCACAUUUUUGCACUAUAUUAGUGCAGCAUGAUAGGCACUUACCCAGUAUUGCCAUAUAAACUGCCUCUUUUCAUAUGGGAUGAAGACAUCUGUGCCAAGAGUGUCAUGAAGACAUUUGCAAGUUCUUGUAUCCUGAAGAGAGUAAAGUUCAGCUUGGAUGGCAGCAAGAUGAAAUCAGCUAUUACACCUGCUGUACACACUCUUCCUCAUCACUGCAGCCAUUGUGAAAUUGACAACAUGGCGGUAAUUUAAGUGUUGAAGUCCCUACCCCUUAACCCUCUAAAAGGUGGAUUCUUCUAGUUGGUUUGUAAUUGUUCUUUGAAGGCUGUUUAUGACUAGAUUUUUAUAUUUGUUAUCUUUGUUAAGAAAAGAAAAGAAAAGAAAAAAAGGAACUGGAUGUCUUUGUAAUUUUGAGCAGAUGGAGAAAAUAAUGUAUCAAUGACUUUUGUAACUAAAGGAAAUCAAAAUUAUAUGUUGAUUUUUCUUUCUCUCUAAUUUGAUUUCUCAGUUUCAGAUUGAAUGUCUGUCUUGGAGGCACUAUUUUAAAAUCCAUAGUCUUUUGUCUUUCUCACUGACAAAAUUUGAAGCCAUCUUUUCAAUGCAUGAUUUCAAAUUUUUAAGAGAGAAGAAUAAAUAUCUUGUCCAAGACUUCAUUACAUCUCUAGACCAAGAGUGGCGAACUUUUUCUGUAAAGGACUAUAUAGAAACUAUUUUCAGCAAGCUCUAUGUUGCAAUUUCUCAACUUUGCCAUUCUGCUAAUGCAACCAUAAUAAAUAAAAGAAUGAACAUGACUGUUUUCCCAUAUAACUUUCUUUACAAAAACUGCCAGUAGGCCACCUCUGCAGGUCAAAUUUUGCUGACGCCUGGUUCUGGGUGUUUUUUAAUGCUAACUCUCCAUGGUGUCAUCUUUCUUUUUCAUUCAUUUACUCACUAUGUUCAGUGUUUAAUUUCAGAUGUGAGAAUUUACAGUCAUUACAUUUACCACUGUAUCAGAAGUAGCUGUAUUUUUUAAAGAUGUAGCCCUGGGAGUGGAACAAUACUUAACUCAGCAGACUUCUUUCAUAUGAAAAUUCAAAAGGUGCCAUUAAAAAGCAAUACCAUUUUUCAGGCAACAUUAUAGCAACAACCUCUGCAAGAGAGGAGGACACUAGCUUUUCAGGUUUUUUGAAAAAUAGCAUAACGUGCUGUUUUAUUUUAAACAGCAGUGUUCUGUAAAAGUGGUUUGGAUUUAGAAGGUAUUUUACCUUCAUACUGGAGUGUGACCUCCCCCUGCUGUUCAUUAGAGUAUUUGCAAAGCUUAUAAAAGACAUCACGUUAGAAUGUCAUUGUCCCCAAAAUGAAAAUAUUUGUCUUUCAAUAAGAACUAAAUGCAGUAAGCACUAAUUUCUUAUUCAAUAUUCACUAUAUUAGGCGAUGUAAACCAUUUCAAAGACAACAGGUAGUCAGGAAGAUAGAAUUUUACUUUAAACCAAGGAUUUAAACAAACAAACAAAAAAUAUAUAAAUCCAAAAUCCAUUUUAUCUGUCUUAUUAAAGAGGAAGAAAAAAUAAUAUUGUUACUCUAAAACUGUGAUUGUCAAUGUUUAUACUCAGGGGUCUUCCAGAUAAUCCUCAAGUUGAUGUCUUUGAAUAGCAUAAACUCCACUUGUCCAAAAUGAUUAAGAAAGAAUCUAUUGUGGUUACUUGAAAAAUUCAACUAACCCUCUUAUGAAAUGUGCGCAAUACCUUAUAAUUUUAAAAUGUGGGCUAGAAUUAAAAUACUGUUCCUACUAAAGCUAUACUUAUGAUAUUAUAAAAUGUCACUAAUUCAGAAAAAAUUAGUAUCAUCCCACCUAUAAGAAUUAGAAAAUCCAAAUUACAAAAUGUUAUGAAAAAUACAAGACAUUUUUUCAUAAAUUGAUUGGAUUUUACAACACACACACACACACACACACACACACACACGAGAGAGAGAGAGAGAAGAAAUUAGGUUUAACAUUACCUAAUAUUAGAGUACAUAUUGGAAGAUCACUGUUAGAAUAAAUAAACACUGGACAACCUCUUGGUAGAAAGGUGAAAAGAAUGUAGCAAUCUGGCUAUUUUGGACAAAUGGAAGUUUAUUAUAUUCAUGUUUAUAAUAUGAAAAUGGCCUUAUUUUUGUUUCUGGCAUAAGUCAAUAAUGAGUUAAAUAUUUUACUGGAAUUUCAUCAAAAUCUUAUUCUUCCUGUUCCUUCUAAAAAUUUGGGAGGGGAAUAUAGUAGAAACUUCUCUAUUGACACUUUUGCCUUAUGGAAAUGGUCUGUGAGGCUAAAAAGAUGUAGAACUGCUGUUCCCUAGUAUGAACGUCUUACUGGUUUUAAAAAGAAAAGGGCGGAACAAGUUUAACACAGUAUUAUAUGAUUUUGCUUGACUAUUUCAAUAGAAACCAUAUAGAAGAAGACUAACUGAUCUCUUUUGAAAGGGGCUGAUUUGCUUAUUCAUCAGUACCUCAUCCAAUAUAUUAACUAUAAUCUUCAUUUCAAAGCUUUUUUUUUUUGAGGACACUAUGGUGUAGCUUAAGUGAAUUAAAAAAGAGUGCAUAAAAGCAUGUUUUUCAUUACUUAUAACAAAGCACAAAUUACUUAAGGCAAAUAUGUAUUGACAUGUAAGACACUCUGCUUGGCACUGUAAAAAAAAA